UCAUUUGUGACGUCGGACCUUUCGCAAUUAUGCGACCUGUUGGAAGCGAGUGAAGAUUCCUGUUUUUCAACCCAUUUCAAAUCGUUUAUUCGACGAAACAACGCCAAUAGACAAUCCUGUAGUCUUUAUCACAUGGCGGUCGUGCCGCCGUCCGGAUCGGCGUGUGCCUUCGUGCUCUGCUGCUCAUUUCUCGUCCUCAUUCGUUUCAGCGUCGCUCACAGAGAGCUUCCCGAUUAUUUCACGGACUUCGACGGCGGAGAGUGCGAGUUCGAACCGGGCAGAGGACGGAUAAUCCGCGCUAGAGACAGUGAAAGACGAGGGGCGCGGUUUCUCAACUCUGUGACGAGCGAGGCGCAAUCCGUCUGCUUUCAGUCGUGCUGCGAGACGACGUCUUGUGAUUUGGCCGUCUAUCGUCGACCUACGGCAAACGGCAAGCACAACUGUUUCUUAUUCUUUUGCGAUACGCCCUCACUCUGUGUCUUCGCUGGACAUCCGGGGUACACGAGCUCGGAGAGAAGACUGAAGAAGACUGAUUUGCUGCCGGUGACAGAUUUAGCAACAAGUCACGUGAUCACAUCGAGUCGACCAACCGCAAACACUGAAGCCGACACUCCAUCUCAGAAGCCACAAACGUGGGAGUCCAACACUACAAUUCCCUCUACAGGCACCACUGAAGUACAAGCACCGAUCAACCAAGCCUCUGUAAAUGAUGAAAACGAGCCAACUUCACACCGUCCUCAUCCACUCACAAAGUCACUAUCUACCUCACAGGUGCCACUGACAACAGAUCCACUUGAAAUCGAUUUCGAACGUAAAGAGAAGAAAGGCGACUCGUCGAACGUAACGAUCGGAGUCAUAGUCGUGCUACUGUGUCUCCUCCUUGCGUUGGCUGUGCCUGUUGUUAUUAUAUGGAGGAGAAAACGAUUUCGAUUUGGACUGAAUGUCAAAGGUUAUUACUCACAUGAUGAUUAUCUUAUCAACGGCAUGUAUGCAUAGCUUUCUGUAGGUUCUAUUUAAUAGUCUGGUACUCAUAGUUUUGUAAGCCAAUUUUAGGCUCGUUACUCACUUGGUGGGGACACAUGCUGGUUGCAAGAUGUCGGCAUGUUUGUGUAGGUUUGCAGUUGUUGAUAGUGUGUUGUAUAAUGUUGGUUGAAGAUGUUGAUAUUUGAUGGCUAAAUGAGUGUCA